AUGGAUCAGCGGGUUACCAAGCUAAACGAUUUCGUAUACAAAAGCAAUGUGUUGUAUCUCAUGAGACGGGACAAGAGAGUUUACGACAAUCAUUGUGUCGAAUUAGGAUAUAAAUUGUCCUACGCCUCAAAAGGGAGAUUUUAUAUCGGCAUUGAAUUCGAGAAGCUGAAACUCAAUAGCAGGCAAAAAACUUUUGUAUUGGAGGGCUUAGAGGAAGAUGAGGAGGCUUGCCGUCGGCUCAAUAUAUAUUUCAGCCUCAUCGUUGAUCUCGAUCGAUUUGUUAAGCAGAAGAAUAUCGAUUGUAUAAUCUUAGACUUCUCGCCUCUGAGAGAAUGUUUGGCAUACAGAGGUGAAGUGGAAGCGUAUUGUAUUGAGAAGCGAAUAUCUCUUCGUGUUUGUGACGCGAAUAAUUUAGUUCCCUGUAAGAUUCUUGCCGUAUAUAAGAAAACCAGCAAAGCCGUGAGAUCAGAGCUCUUCGAGCAUUUCCCGAAGUUUCUGAGAGACUACAAAGUCUUAGAGAAGCAUCUGUACAAUAAGUCCUCGGAAACCUACAUGCAGAAAAGCGAGUUCCCCGAAGUCCCGGUGGUCCAAAACGUCUUCAAGGGUGGAUAUAGCCAGGGGAUGAAGAUGUUGGAAGAGUUCUUGCAGAAGAGGUUCCCAACAUACCAUAAACACAGGAAGAAUCCUGAUGCUGAUAAUCUGAGCAAUCUCUCACCCUGGAUAUCGAACGGUCAGAUAAGCACGCAGAAAAUCCUCUUCAUCAUCGCUCAGAGAUUCAAGGAGAAGAAGUCGGACAACUAUCAUGCUUUCCUCCGAGAAGUCUUCGCGUUCAGAGAGACAGCCGAGCACUUCUGUCUACACGAGAGGAAUUACGAUAGUCUCGAAGGUGCCCUACCUUGGGCGAAAGAUACUCUUACGAAGCACAAGGAUGACGACAGAGAACAGAUAUACGAUCUAGAGAAGCUCGAAAAAGGUCAGACGCAUAUACUAGCGUGGAAUGCCGCCCAAAGGGAACUUUUGGCCACAGGAAAAAUCCACGGAUAUUGCAGGAUGUAUUGGGCCAAGCAGAUAAUGAAAUGGACCAAGUCUCCAGAGGAAGCGGUCGAGAGGGCAGUAUACUUGAACGAUACGUACGCGAUCGACGGAAACUGCUCGAAUGGAUACAUGGGUAUAAUGUGGUCGAUUUGUGGAUCCAUGGAUAGGGGAUUCCAAGAAAGACCUGUGAUUGGCAGGAUCCGACCCAUGAAUGAGUUCGCGGCGCCUCAUUACGUUCGGAAAUGGCUGAAGGGAGCUGAUUCGGAAGCUCUCGUUCGAUCCAACCAGAAAAUGAUAACUUCUUUCCGGGGUUUUAUUCAGAAGUAG